CUUCUUCUCCUUCUUCUUCUUUUCUGCAGGUCGUAACAGCGUCUUUCCCGUUUCGUCGACCGUCCCGAAAACGGUAUAACAAUAAUCACUGGUGAUAAGUUAUUUUCCCCAUCUGUAACACGGACGGAUCUCUUCGUUCGAAUUUGAGGAGGUGGAGGAUUUUUUUUUCCCUGGAAAACUUGUGAAAUCAACGGCGGCGUGGAAAAUGAACGAGAUGUGGCGACUCUUCUCCGCUGUUUACGCUCUCGUCACCGCCGUUUCGUCCUGUCAACAGACCGAGUUUAACUGCGGUAACGGAAAGUGCGUGCCUCUAAACAGAGUCUGCAACGGGCUGGAUGAUUGCGGAGAUAGUUCUGACGAGGUUCGACAGUGCUCACCCUGCAACAAAACUUACUACGGUAACGUGGGUAAAACUUAUGAACUGGAACUUCACCGGCCGAAGGAAGACAAGGUGCCCUACAUAUGCAAACUCGCGUUUAACGCGCCCGGAGGCGAUCUCGGCGACAUUGUGCAGCUGACAUUCGACAGCUUCACUCUCGGCCGUUUCGUUUCUUUUACGGCCGAGGGUUGCCCCGACGGUUCCCUUCAGAUCGCUGAGGCCCAGCGGCCAGACGUCGGAGGUUUAUGGUGCGGAACCUCUUGGGGACCGGCCAUUUACUACAGCGAAACGUCGAGCGUUUCUCUGACUCUACGUCUCUUGAGGUUAAGCAACGACCAGACCGGGUAUAACUUCGACUUCAGGAUGGAGUACAAGAUGAUUAGGAAGUCGGACGCCGUUGUGCGUUACGGAAAUCCGUUCGUAGGAAUGACGCAGUUGACAACGUCGCCGGUCCCGACGGUUUAUCAGACGGUUACCGAUUUGGAGAAUUCUUCGAUGACGGUUUCCGGUCAGACUGGUGAACUUCCGGUCCACACGCUGCAGCCGACUAGGUCAACAUCGUCCGAGCAGUACCUCGGGGAUUUGAUAUCCGGUACUUACUGUUCGCGUAUAUUCAGCGACUGCGACAGGAAGAAGUGCAGACUCCAAUCGCCAAACUUCCCCGGAUUGUAUCCUCGCAAUUUGACCUGUUACUACGCGGUCCGUCAGCACGAGGUGCCGCCGGGAAAGCACGCUCUCAUUUCCGUUCGGCAGUCGAGAGGACAGCUCGUCGCUGUCAGGGCCAGACCUGCGACUCAGGCCGAACCUCCGCCUCGGGAAUUACGACUUUGGCAGGACUGCGACGUCGUUCAGGAUUACGUGACCGUCUAUGACGGCUACACAACGCGGGAUCCGGUUAUACUGAAAUUUUGCGGGGGUGGAGAACCGGUACCAGAGGCGAUAAGCAGCGGGCCUGAACUCCUCGUCGAAUUCACCACCUCGCCUUUUGGUACCUUCCUACACCCGACGCCCGUGCACUCACUCCACGGGUUUCAGCUUGAAGUCCAGGUGAAGUUCGUCGACAUCAAUUCACCGACUUACUCGAGGAACAAGAGGUGCGAAUUUUGGCUCCAAGGUAACGGCGGUGGUCUUUUGGCAUCCCCGAGACACACGCUUCCUCGGAACAGCACCUGCCUCUACCAUCUCCAGGGAAUGGGACCGGCUCAGCCGAGUCCAACGCCUCCGAGACCGCUGCCAAAGUUUCCGGAACAGCGUCCUGGGACCGUCUGGAGAAAGCCGGCGCCCCGGAUCCCAGAGCCGCAGUUCAGGGUAUGGCUUUCGGUGCUCAAAUUUCACGUCGGCAGUACGAUCAACCCAACGGUGUCGGAAGAGGAGUGCGCUACCACCCUUAUGAUUUGGGACGGACAGAUGCGACCCAUGACGGAGUGCAACGACAUAUUGUGUCUAAGCAGCAGAAACCACGAAAAAGAACGUCAACGCAGCUUCGAGAGGACCGGUGAUCCCAUUCAAGCAGUUGCCGCUCGUCCAGCUGGAAACACCUCGCUCUUGGCUCGAUACUGCAAAGACAGAGUGCCGCGGACUUGCGACCACGCUAUUUUCCAAAACACAAGUCGACCCUGUUCACUCGGUGAGAGUUUUAUCUCCUCCGGAAGCACGCUGACCAUAGAAAUGCGGAUGAUCGAGUCGACGGCUCUCAGGCCAGUGAAUUUUCGCGCCUUGUACGAGUUCGUUGAUCUGCAUCAGGACGGAGAUACCUACGGAAAGGGACCUUGUUCGAGGGUGUUUUACAGCCGUAAUCGCGAUCAAUAUGCCGACAAAAAAUUUCAGGCACCACGUGACAUAUUUCUGUACGGCAGAGGAGGAUCGAAGAAUUUAAGUUGCGUCUACCGUUUCGAGGGCGAACAUGACGAGGUGGUGAAACUGAGGUUUAACAAACUGGUGAACGGUAACCGAUCGUGCCGCAGCGUUUCAAGCACAGACUUUAAUCGGCUGCUCUGCGUGGGAUCCAACAGCUUUUCCCUCAAGGUUUACGACUUCAACUGGGCGAGCGCCCCUCCCAUUCAACGCGACUGUCUCUGUUCGAACCGUUCCCUACCAAUAAACAUCGAAUCGACGUCGAGCGUCGUGGAGGUCCAUUUUACCGUGCGCAGCAUGGACGCCCUCGACGAUUACAACAAUCUUCACUUCGAGGGGGUUUGGGAUUUCGUCAAGGCUGUCCCGUGCCUGAGAAAUCAGCGGGUCAAAGGACCAAGCGGGGAAAUUAAGUUCUGGUCACCACUGAACGAAGACGAGGAGAAAAACUGCGUUAACCAUCCGUGGCUGAUUGAUCCUGGUCCUGAUCGGUACCUCUAUGUAAAAAUGCCCGGGACUAUUGUGACAAACGAGACCAACUGCGCAACCAGAAACAGAGUCGUCGUUCACACCGGUGGCGAAAUUCACGUUGCUGUUUGCCCCAAGCCUCCGCCGGACUUCCGGCAUCACGUUGUCGAGGUCUUCAGCGACGGCUGGGCCGUCGGUAGCAACGCCAUGAUCCUUGCGCCAGGAUCGGAUCCGGCCAGAAGCAUCGCCGUAGAGUUUAUCGGGGAUGAAAUAGACUCCUACACCGUCACUUGGCUCGAAUUGUCCAGAAGACCGAGCGUGACGACACCUGCGGCCGGUCUUCAGAGGCCUCGGGACUGCGAACAAAGGUGUCCGGAAUUGGACGCCUGCAUAAACGCGUCGCUUUGGUGCGACGGCGUGUCGCACUGUCCGUCAGGCUACGACGAAGCCUUGACGCACUGUUCGAUGCUACUGCGUCUGCCGCCGUUGCACCUUGGUCUGGGCCUCUUGUCGUUGGUCUCGAUAAUCGGUGUUCUGGUGUUCGUGACGUGGCGGAUAUGUCGUCAGAAGAGGAACCGCUCGAUAUCCCAGCAUCGGCUUAAGAGCAUAUCAUCGGAAACGGCGAUAAUCGACGGGAAGGAAGUGAUUUGCUGACAAAGCGACAGUUCCGUACGCUACGUUGAGGUUGACCGUGUAACGACCGUCUGACGACCGCGUGCGGUAUCGUUACUAUUGAUUAUAGCAAGGUUCGCCCCGGAUUUUGCGCGAAAUUCGUCAUCCUUGGGACCAAACUGCUGGAUAUCAUUCGCUCGAUGACCAUUCGGUCGGAGUUUUUAACAACUCUGUACCAUUGUACAGAGCGAAUUUCUAACGGCUGCAUCGUCCGUCGUCUCCUAAAAUUUAACGCGCAUGCGCUACAAUCCGGGAGCGAUUGUUUGCCAGGAUGACCAACCGUCGUAAAUGUAACGUCAAAAUUCUUACUAUUUUCACCGGCAUGCAGUUGUGCUCAACAUGAACAGGUGUCGGCAUUUUUAGGGUUACGUUUAUGUCGCGGUUGGUCACCCUGGCAAACUCUGGCUUGCUAAAUGCAGCGCCUGCGCAUUGAAUUUUAGCACACGACGGACCGUGCGGUCGUUAGGAAAUCAUUCUGUAUACCGAUGCAGUUAUUUGUUCCUUCGGAUUAAUGACGAUCACGAUGACAAAUGUCAUUAUGAUCAUUCGUUGAUCAUUCUCGCGCCGGUUCCAAUGCGAACCCCUCACCGACAGCGUACAGAACUGCGUUUAUUCAACGAACUAUUAUCUUAAGCGUACUUGUAGCGUAAUAUGUACACACACACACGCGCGCGCGCGCACACGCCACACACACACACACAUGCUCGCUCACACACACACGCUGAUACAGAUGCGAAUAAACGAAAAUCGGAUAGGAUGGAAAUUUUAAAAUUGGUGGAGAUUUUUAUUCGGAAAAAUGAACAGCGGAUGGAAUAGGAUGAAAAAUUGUUAGUUCGUUUCACUUAAUUACAUCUGCAUGCAAGGCAAUUAAUCUUGGCCACGCGGUAUUUUAACCUUUUGUAUUUUUUACGAUUAAGUAGUGUAUGACGUGAAGUUUCAAUAGGAAACACACGUAAUAUUAUAGCGAAGAAUUUCGCAAUCCUGAUCAAAUCGAGGUAGAUUUUUUUUUAUUUUUCCCGAGAGAAAGACAAGAUCGAAAAAUAUCGAGAAAAUAAUACAAAUCCGCCAUCGAUCUAGAGGCAUUUUUUUUUUUCAAUUAUUUUUCCGCAUUUUCUCUUUCACUAAGUUUCUUCGUUUCGGUUAUUCUGAACAUCGCGAUUUUUCGGCAUAUAUACAAUAAUCAUAUACGGAAAGGAUCAACUUCACGGUGAUUGAAUUAAUAAAUAAGUAUACAACGUGUAAUAAAGGGAAAAAUCUAGCACUGGGGGAUCUCGUUAUAAAACUGUAAAUUUCAUUGUACAUUAUAAUUAUAGAAACGUUGUUUCCGAUAUAGGUACAUAUAAAAUAUUUAUACACGUGUAUAAAUAUAAAUCUAUAUAAGUAAACCAGUGGGAUGAAUAGCAACGAUUGCUGAUCGAUACAUAUAUAUAUAUAUGAAGCGAUUAUUGAAUUAAUUUAUAGGUAAUACACUAUAUGACCAAGUCGCGAUACUAUGUGUAUAUACAUAUGAAUAAAAAAAAAAAAAAGCACACCCACGGAAUAGCAUAUAUAUGUAUAUUGUAUACAAUAUCCAUGCAUACGUAUCGUUCUAGAAAGAAGAAAAAAAAAAACGACAAAAAAAAAAACAAAAAUUUGAUGCAACUAUAUAACGAAUAUAACGAUGCAGAUUAUUAGGUGAAAUAUCGAA